GAUAUUUUUAUUAAUUAUUAAAGGUUUCCUAAGUAUUUAUAAUGACCUAUUCUUUAUGAGCUUACAAUAUUUUGUAUUAUACAGCUUCCGCCAGAAGAAACAAGCAUUUAAUGCGACUAUUGGCUACAUGUUAUCGUUGCUGUUAUAUAACACCUUGUAAACAUAAUUCAUCUUUUAUCACAAUAACAUAAAGUUUAGUCAAUGAAGCUGAUAUAAUUAUCAUAAUUUAAAUAACAUACCAUUGAUAACGUCGUUUGCUACAAGAUUUUGGGUUUUCCAUUCUUAUUUCGAAUUUGAAAUACAUAGUAAUAAUGGCUUUGAAAGUACAGACUGUUUUGGGACUUGUUGAUCCCAGCGAGCUGGGCAGAACUCUUACACAUGAACACUUGUCUAUGGAGUUUACACAUUUCUACCGCCAACCACCAAAAGAGAUAGCAGACAAAUUUGACACUGGAUAUGUUGUUGAAAAACUUGGAUACUUACGACAAUACCCGUAUCAUUCACGAAAUAAUUUGCUUCUCAAUGAUCAAGAUGCAAAUUCUGCUGUAUUGUUUGAUAUGCACGAUUUUCAACAGAGAGGAGGAGGUACAAUUGUUGAGAACACAACAGAAGGAAUCAAGAGGGAUGUAACAUUUCUAAAGCGUGUAUCAGAAGAAACUAAGGUCCACAUAGUUGCUGGAACCGGGUUCUACAUAGCGGAUACUCAGGAGAGCAACUUACUGAAAUACACUGAAGAGGCGUUGUACAAUCAUAUGUUGAAAGAGUUGACUGAAGGUUGCAUUGACAAUCCAUCUGUAAAAGCUGGAUUUAUGGGGGAGAUUGCUAGUGUUUGGCCUAUCAAGGAUUUUGAACGCAAAGCGAUAAAGGCAGCUGGUGAGCUACAGGCGCAGCUGGGUUUCCCUGUCAGCUACCACCCUCACCGAGUGCCCGAGGCCCCGUUUGAGAUCAUCAGAUUGUACCUGGAGGCCGGUGGCAGACCUGACAAAGUUGUUAUGUCACAUUUAGACAGAACCAUCUCAAACCCAGAAACACUACUAGAAUUCUCUGACCUGGGGACGUACUGCCAAUUCGACUUGUUUGGUACUGAGGUCUCAUACUACCAACUCAAAAACGAUAUCUAUAUGCCGUCUGACGCCCAGAGAAUAGAAAUGGUACGACAUCUAGUGGACAAUGGCAAAGUGGACAGAAUACUGAUGUCUCAUGAUCUCCACACUAAGCAUAGACUGAUAAAAUACGGAGGACAUGGCUACAGCCACAUAUUCUCAAACAUUCUCCCGUGGAUGAAGAUCAAAGGUUUCUCACAGGAAACCAUAGAUACCAUCACUAUACAGAACCCUGCAAGAUGGUUAGCUAUUAAGAUAUAAUCAAGAAUAAUAAUUAAUUGUAUUAUUCUUAUAUUUAUAUGCAUUUUGCCUUUGCUACAAAUAUAUUAAAUAAAAAUAUA